UGUGGUGGUCGGCGCGCGCACUGCCUGCCCCGGAAGCUGUCGGCGUGCGGCGCGGCUGGGCGCUAAGAUGGCGGCGGCGUGAGUUGCAUGUCGUGUGAGGAUUCCGGGGCCGCCGUGUCGCUCGGGUCCCACCAUGGCCGUCACGAUCACGCUCAAAACACUGCAGCAGCAGACCUUCAAGAUCCGCAUGGAGCCUGAUGAGACGGUGAAGGUGCUAAAGGAGAAGAUAGAAGCUGAGAAGGGUCGUGAUGCUUUUCCCGUGGCUGGACAGAAACUUAUCUAUGCUGGCAAGAUUCUGAGUGAUGAUGUCCCCAUCAGGGACUAUCGAAUCGACGAGAAGAACUUCGUGGUCGUCAUGGUGACCAAGGCCAAAACCAGCCCAGGCACCUCAGUACCCUCAGAGGCCUCACCCACUGUCACCCCGGAGUCUUCCACAUCCUUCCCGUCGGCCCCUGCCUCAGGCAUGUCCCACCCCCCACCUACUGCCAGAGAAGACAAAAGCCCAUCGGAGGAAUCUGCCCCCACGACGUCCCCGGAGUCUGUGUCAGGCUCUGUUCCCUCUUCAGGUAGCAGCGGGCGAGAGGAAGACGCGGCCUCCACGCUAGUGACGGGCUCUGAGUAUGAGACAAUGCUGACGGAGAUCAUGUCCAUGGGCUACGAGCGAGAGCGGGUCGUGGCUGCCCUGAGAGCCAGCUACAACAACCCCCACCGAGCCGUGGAGUAUCUGCUCACGGGAAUUCCUGGGAGCCCCGAGCCAGAACAUGGUUCUGUCCAGGAGAGCCAAGUUUCAGAGCAGCCAUCCACAGAAGCAGCAGGAGAGAACCCCUUGGAAUUUCUGCGAGACCAGCCUCAGUUCCAGAACAUGCGGCAGGUGAUUCAGCAGAACCCUGCACUGCUGCCAGCCCUGCUCCAGCAGCUGGGCCAGGAGAACCCCCAGCUCUUACAGCAAAUCAGCCGGCACCAGGAGCAGUUCAUCCAGAUGUUGAACGAGCCCCCUGGGGAGCUGGUGGACAUCUCGGACGUGGAGGGCGAGGUGGGCGCCAUAGGUGAGGAGGCCCCACAGAUGAACUACAUCCAGGUGACGCCGCAGGAGAAAGAAGCUAUAGAGAGGUUGAAGGCCCUGGGCUUCCCAGAGAGCCUGGUGAUCCAGGCCUACUUCGCUUGUGAAAAAAACGAGAACUUGGCUGCCAACUUCCUCCUGAGUCAGAACUUUGAUGACGAGUGAUGCUGGGAGGCCAGGCUGCCCACCGCCCCCUCCUCCCCACCCUCCUACCCUCUCCACAAAAGUUUUAUAAAAGAAAAAAAUAUAUAUAUAUAUUCAUGUUUAUUUAAGAAGUGGAAAAAAAAAAUCAAAAGCUAAAAAAAAAGAAACUCCGACUCAACUUCCCACUCUCCUAAAGUGGCCCCUCAUUCCCAUCUUGGCCUGAAAAGACCUGGGCCAGACAGCUGUCCCCCCUCCCCACCCCCCACCCCAGCCCAGCCUGCUCCAAGGAGCUGGCAGAACUGGAGGUGACAGAUGGGCCCCUCUUGGCCUGUGUCCCAGCUCCCUGCAGCCAGAUGGAGAGGCGGCUGCUUGCUUCCCCACUCCCCCAGAGAGCCCCCGAGACCUCCCCCGCCCUCUUCCAGGGUGAGGGGAAGCUGGAGCUCCAAACUUUUGAUCCUCCAUUGGAGUGUCACAUCUUUCCAUCUGGGGUAAGCGCUCAAGAGGCCCAAGGACUCCUCCGUGGUUUGGCCUGGGCUUCCAUCCUGCAUCCCUUUGCUGGGGGGGAAGGUCUGGUUUGUCCUGCUUGGGGAAGGGGAAACAUCAGAGUCGCUCUGGAGUUUGAGGCUAGCCCCCCACCCCAGAAGAGAACUGUUGUCUCUGAUAAAGGUUUUGAAGUGAAUAAAGUUUUAAAAGCCA